GCCGCCGUUAUUGAAACAGUCGAGUCGCGGUUCAAGACUUCAAGAGAGACGAGAUGAGGGAUGAGGUAAAAUAUUACAGAAUGGAUAGUGCGUAUUUGUGUCGUUUUGUCGGAAAAAUGGAUUGUGCGCGCGACGGAAAAAUAAUCCUUUGAAAUUUCCAGCAGAAGAAGUGGAUAGGACCGGGUUACGAUCCCCGGGAACGCUCGAUUCGAUUUUUUAGGUUAGACUUGUCUCGCGACGACCAACGGGUGUGCUAGUUGUGAGUGUGAGGUUAGAACAACGAUAUUGUUUUUAUUGCCACCCGUUUGUAUCGACUAUUUUAGAUAGAUGCACUUGUUUUAAUAAUUGGACACCUAAACAAAAUGUACCCGACACCAAGUCGACAUCCCUCCUCAGCGGGUCCGCCACCUCAGGGUGGUCAGUUAAAAUUUACCAUAGCGGACACGUUAGAAAGGAUCAAGGAGGAAUUUAACUUUUUACAAGCACAGUAUCAUUCGUUAAAAUUGGAGUGCGAGAAAUUGGCAAACGAGAAAACCGAAAUGCAAAGGCACUACGUCAUGUACUACGAAAUGUCAUAUGGCCUUAAUGUGGAAAUGCAUAAACAGACUGAAAUGGCCAAACGACUGAACGCCAUCAUUGCCCAAGUCAUGCCCUUUUUAGCCCAGGAGCACCAGCAGCAAGUGGCCAGCGCUGUGGAAAGGGCCAAAACCGUCACCAUGACUGAAUUGAACGCCAUCAUAGGGGUAAGCCAACAGCAACAGCAGGGUCUGCAGCAGUUGCUUCAGAUACAUGCACAACAGUUGCCGCAUGCUGGCGGACCCGGGCUACCUAUGGGUCCCCAUCCUGGUCUGCCAGGAAUGGGACCCGCGGCAGCCGCAGGUUUGCUAGGCUUCGGGGCAGGCUUACCCUCGGGAGCGGCGCCCCAUCCCGCAGCCGUAGCGGGGGCGGCGCACCCCCUCCUCAAGCCGGAGAACUUGCACCCCAGAGCGGCCAACGAGGACCUCAAGAGGCCGAGCAGCACCAACGCUUUAGAAGAAAGACUGGUAAGGCAGCACUUUAAUUCCGUCUCGCCCGGCGACAGGGAUAAAUACAGGGCGAGAUCUCCUCCCGACGUGGAACAGGUCAAACGGCGAAAAGAAGAGAAAUUGGGCCACGAAAGUGACGGAGAGAAAAGUGACCAAGACUUAGUUGUAGAUGUAGCUAAUGAGGAAGCGUCGUCGCCUCACACGAACGGCGAGCACGUAUCUUUAGGGAAUUCCAGCGAUAUCAGAGAGAACGGCAGCUCGAAUGGAGACAAAAUAAAGGUGGAGAGGCCUCCAAGCAGAAGCGGAUCAUCCUCGUCAAGGAGUACGCCAUCUUUAAAGAGCAAAGACGAAAAACCUCUAACCCCAGGCUCGAAACCCCGAUCGACGACGCCUAACCUAGGAGCAGGUGCAGGACCACCGGGAGUAUCCAAAUCGGCACCCGGUGGACCCCUGGGUCCCUAUCCCCCUUACCCCGGGUUGGGGGCGCCUAGGACGCCCGAACACCAAAUACCCCCUUACGCACAAGCACCGCCCUACGUUAGACCUCCUCCUCAAGGGUUACCUGCCGCAUAUGACAGUCAUCCUCAUGCAAGGACAUCGGCUUUAACUGCCAAUGGACUGGGAGGAGUACCAGGGGGAAAACCAGCAUAUUCCUUUCAUAUGAACGGCGAAGGUCAACUACAACCCGUUCCCUUCCCCACGGAUGCGCUGAUUGGACCGGGCAUUCCCAGGCACGCGCGACAAAUCAACACAUUGAACCACGGUGAAGUGGUGUGCGCAGUCACCAUAUCCAACCCUACGAAGUACGUGUACACCGGUGGUAAAGGUUGCGUCAAAGUGUGGGAUAUCAGCCAGCCGGGCAGCAAGAGUCCUGUUAGCCAGCUAGAUUGCUUGCAACGAGAUAACUACAUACGAUCUGUAAAGCUCCUACCUGAUGGUCGAACGCUUAUCGUUGGAGGUGAAGCCUCUAAUUUGUCGAUCUGGGAUUUAGCGAGCCCCACGCCAAGGAUAAAGGCCGAAUUGACUUCAUCGGCCCCAGCCUGCUAUGCCUUAGCUAUAAGCCCAGAUUCCAAGGUGUGUUUCAGCUGUUGUUCGGAUGGUAACAUUGCCGUUUGGGAUUUGCACAACCAAACAUUGGUCAGACAGUUUCAAGGUCACACUGAUGGGGCGUCUUGUAUAGAUAUCAGCUCGGACGGAACCAAACUCUGGACAGGAGGCUUGGACAACACGGUGCGGAGUUGGGACUUACGGGAAGGAAAGCAGCUCCAACAGCACGAUUUUAGUUCUCAGAUAUUUUCAUUAGGUUAUUGUCCAACUGGGGAAUGGUUGGCUGUUGGAAUGGAAAAUUCACAUGUGGAAGUUCUCCAUGCUAACAAACCAGAUAAGUAUCAGCUGCAUCUUCACGAGAGCUGCGUUCUUAGUUUGAGGUUCGCCACGUGCGGGAAGUGGUUCGUAUCGACAGGCAAGGAUAAUCUUCUCAAUGCUUGGCGAACGCCUUAUGGAGCUAGUAUUUUCCAGUCGAAAGAAUCCUCAAGUGUGCUAAGUUGUGAUAUAUCGACGGACGAUAAGUACAUAGUGACCGGUUCUGGUGACAAAAAGGCAACAGUCUACGAAGUGAUAUACUGAACGGACCUUUAGUGAAUUACUCCAUGUAGACAGGGGCGUGGCUAUGAACGAUGAAAACACGCGUCAAAGUGCGCGUCUGCGUGUAGUGUCUAAAGGGAAAUUUUCUCGUAUGAGUUCCAUACCAUGAGUUCAAAAUUCUUUUGUAGUUCAUAUCAACCAUUUUUUCAUAGUUCACAGCUAGUGAGAAAAAUCAGGUCGAUAACCGUUCUACAUGACAUAAGUAUUAAAAAAAUAUUGACAGUUACUAGAGUUCAGUAAUUUUUGAUAUGAUUGGUAAAAUGUUUUAUAACUGUCUAAUACCCAUGGUGGGCACUCAUGACUAGAAAGUGACCUUAUAAGAAUACGGAGAUCAGCUUUGCCAAGAUGCACAAGAUUGUUAUUUUGUGUCAAUGUUUUUUCCUCCUUAUCAUUUUACAGAAUGAUUAUUUUCAAAUUUUAUCCUGACAAUGGAAAUAAAAUUUUAUGUGUAUAA